AUUCAUAAAAGAGCCAAAAGAUGAAAAGAAUAACAAAUUCACAAAUUUUCUGUUCUACUAGUGCAAAACCUAGCGUUUAGCCGCCAUUGAAGCUCAUUUGCGCUACUUCAUCUUCAAUCUUGAGCUAAUUCAACAAGAUGAGCAAGAAAGGUCCACCUAAGCAUCAGAACAAGUUCGCAUGGAAACCCCAUCUUGGUAUCAAAAUCAAUGAAACGGAACCAGGUGGAAGAUUCAGGCCAUUUCCAGAAGUUACAGGGGUUUGUCCUCGUUGUAGAGAUCAAAUUGAAUGGAAGCGCAAAUAUGGCAAAUAUAAACCCCUUGUUGAACCCUCUAAAUGUCAGAAGUGUUCUAAGCGGGCUGUUCGUCAAGCUUACCUUAAUCUCUGCCCUGGCUGUGCUAAAGAACAGGGUGUAUGUGCUAAGUGUUGUAGUCGCGUGGGUCAGCUUGUUGGAAGGGAUGCGGCAGAAGUAGAAGCUGAGCAGAAGGUGCUUGAGGAGGCUAUAAAGAAUGCUCGAGAGAGAGAUAGGAGGACGCUAUUGCGAUCUAUUAACAAGGAUAAAGCCAAAGGGCAAGACAAAACCCCGGCCGUUCAGGAUGGGAAAGUUGAGGAAUUGUUUUCUGCUGUGUCACUAGAUGAAUAUGCGGAAUUGAGCAGAGAUGACGAAGACAAUGGUGAUGGUGAAGAUGGUGUCAAGAUCUGUAACUAAGCCAUUGGCAAGUGUAUCUUUAAUAUCGAAUCUGGAGUGGUUUUUCGCGAUGUGAGAAAUUUUGACGAUGUCAUUGUUAAUGAUGGAUCAAUGAGUUAUGGCCUUUUUUGUCAUUCUUUUGCCUGAGCUAAACAUAGUCAAGCACACAACAGAGACAUUGAUGCCACAUCUGGCUCUCUACCUGUAUUUGCCAAGCAAAGGCCAGAAUGUUUAAGCUCAAACGUAUCUGCUGUGAUAAAAAAAAAACCGGUCUAUAUCCUCUCCUACUUCUCUCGAAUUGACAGCAUACAAUUCAUGUAUUUUAUGAAUGUACCUAAUGUAUCAUAUCAAAAUAUCUUGUUCCUCUA